AAAACCAAAACCAUAAGCAUAACCAAAUCAGAAAAAAGAAGGCUGCAAGACUUGAGACAAGAAUUGGCAGGCAGGCAGCUCUUUGAAGUCGAGGUCUGUGGCAGUGUGUGCAUGAGUCUGUGUGUGUAUAGCUUGGUGUGCAGCAAAAAGUGUGAAAAAGCGCAAAAUAAAUAUUAAAAGCAAAACGUGCGUGGAUUAGAAAGCAUAACGCCAAAGUACAACAGCAACGCUAAUAGCAGAGCCAACACUCGACAACAACUACAACAUCAUCAAUCGUCCGGCAACAGAAUUGAAACAGCUGCUGCAGGAAGCCGCCGGCACAGACUGCGUGCCUCGUUUACUGUGCAGCCGUCCUCCACGCCUCGUUGUUCGUGUAGAUCUGGCGCCAAAGUUGUGCGGUGUGUGCACUUGACUGCAGCUUGAACCCAACACAACGAAAUGGCCAACAGGCGGGCACACGACACAGUCGCGAUCCUCGUCGGGCCGUCUGCAGGACAAUCCCUACAUGCGCAACAACAACACCAACCACAACAACUGCAACAGCAACAGCAAUGGAAACAGCAACAACAAAGACGGCGACAUGUAGGAAUCAGAAAAGGAAGCAUCUUCACUACUUUAUAUAAAACUUUCAAUAUGCUGGCGAUGAGCUGGAUUAUAAUCUCCGAUUUAUUGCUCACUGCACAUUGUCUCAAGGAUCUGAAGAUAUUCGUACCCGAAGCUGUCAUCAUGGGCAAUGCAGCGACAUUGUCUUGUCAAUACGAUUUGGAGCAGGCUGCGUUGUAUUCGGUCCGCUGGUACUUUGGCAACGAGGAAUUCUAUCGCUAUGUGCCGCGAGAGACGACGCCGACGCUUGUCUUCCCUGUUUCGGGCAUUAAUGUUGAUCUCACCAAUUCGGAUGCAACUUCAGUGACACUGAAAGGCGUGACACGUGAAUUGACGGGCAGCUAUCAAUGUGAGGUCUCCGAGGAUGCGCCGCUCUUCCACACGGACAUAAGGUCAGCGCACAUGCAGGUGAUUGAACUGCCCAAGGACGAUCCGGCCAUGCAGGUGGACAAGAAGGUGAUUUCGGAGAACGACAUGUUUAAAGCCGUCUGUACGGUGGGUCCCUCAUAUCCACCGGCCAACAUUACCUGGUACAUCAAUGGACGAAAGGUCUAUAAAACGCCGCUCCAGCGCAUCACACAAAACGCAUUCGAAGGCUCUGCCACCUACUCCUCGCUGGAGAUCUAUCCGCAGAGUCAAGUACUGCAAGGCUUCUUCCAUGCCAUGCCCAAGUAUCAGACGAGCAUAAUGCUGCUCUGCGAGGUCUCCAUACUGCAUGUCUUCCACAAGAGUGUGCAGCAACGCAUCGGGCUUAGCACAAUGCCGCCCACAACGAUUUCGCCCAAUUUGCUCGGCCUGGAGGGCUCCAAGCGCUACGUAAACGGUGAUCCAGACAAUUCGGCUCUAACGGGUGCGGCGCAGUGCAGUGUAGCCAGUAUCCUCACCCUGGCGCUGGUGACGCUAGCAGCCACGCAACUGUGACCAGGACGCAUGUAAAUGACAAACUGAAGGAGCAGAAAGGCAACAGCAACGGUGGCAGCAGCAGCAUCAGCAUCAGCAAAACAACAACAUCAGCCUCAAAGAGCGGAAAGUGUAAUGUAUAAUUAAAAAAUAACAAGAGCCAACCAAUAAAUAAAAGCGCGCAAUAUGCGCAAAUAAAAACAAAUAAAAAAAAUUGCAAAAAAAAUUAAAACAUAAUAUUGGAGGGGCAGCGUGGAUGCGAUCCACCUUCCACGUUUCGCCAUUUGCAGCCUUUCCAGUUGUUGUUGUUGCUGACGCCGUGCACUAAACAAACAAUGGCGUCGAGCCCCGGCAUUUAAAAAUAUUAACUGCAGUACAGUAAUUUAUUAAUUUGCGGCCGCGCUACAAAACGUUAGUAACUUUAAAAUAUUUUAAGUACAGCAAAGACAAAAAAAUUAGACAAAACAACUAAAAAGUAAGUGAAAACAUUUUGAAAAAAUGGAAAUUUCCCAAAGAUCCGUGCAACUUUGCUAUAAUAAGGAACAAGUACUCCAAAAAAUGAUGGCAUGAUAUGGAAGACGGAUAAAUAAAUUCGCAUUUAGCAUAAAAGUGGUUAAGACCGCAAUUUGAGGACGAGCAGAGAAGACACAGAAAUUGGAAGCUAAUUUGCAUAAAAAACAAUUAAUACCCUUAAGACAAAAAUAAUUACACACUAAGUACACCCUACCCUCCAAUACCCGCAGCCUAGAUACGUAAGUUAUGUAAAUAAUAUUUGUAAAAAUAACGACAACAAAUGACGACAAAAAUAACAUCAAAUCAAAACAGAUAAACAAAAACUAAUGUGCAGCCAGUCCGGUAGAAAAACAUGAAUUAAUGUUGAAAUGAAAAGGUAAUUAUGUAAUAAUAAUAAAACACAAUGAAAAAAGAGAAAUACUCGUACGUGUGUAGUUAAGUAACUGAG